AUGAUUGUUGAAGCUCAAAAUGAUUUUAAUUGGUUUAAUAUUCAAUUUGCUCCGUACACUGAUGAUGUUACACAAAACGAUGAGCGCGGUUGUUUUCUUGAAUACAAUGAUCUUUCGUGGUAUGUUUAUGCUGUUGCUAUUGGGAAAAAUCAAUCAAUAUAUGGCUUUUUCUUCGUUGGUGAAAUGAUUGAUUUGGACGAAGACGAGAAAUUGCCAAAUCGUACAUUUGUCGGUUUUCUCAAUUACACCGGUAAUCUUACUACAAUUGAUUGUAGUAAUUUCAAUUUAGCCAUAUCAUACGUGGACGGAAACUUCAUUCAUCAGGAGCAUUUAGUGAUGACAACUGAUCCUCUUGGUUUGAUUGCCUACGGUUUCUCCAAUCUCUUUACAUUUUCUUAUACAGCAUCUACGGAUAAUCUGGCCGUUUUUAAGAAUAAUUCACUCUCUCCUUCAACACCAUUCCUACCAUAUGCCGUUGAUUACGAUGGUAGUUGCGGUAUUAUUGCUGGCUUUCUUAAGAAUGAUCAAAAUUCACGUAUCAAAUAUAACGCAACUAUUAUUCUAUUUAGUAUUGAUGCAUCAACAGCCAAUGCUACACCAAUUAUAUUAUUGAAGUAUCCGACGAAUGGUACAGCAUGGCAGGCUGGACAAACAAAUGCAGGUGCUGAUAAAAAUGAUCCUAAAUUCGACAUGUCUGUCAGUAUAAAUCCAACAGCUACACAAGUUCUCAUCGGUAUUCAGUCGAUGAAUACGGUUUUUCUCUUCAAUUAUACAACGACGACACUGGCAUUGGUUACUUCAAUGGACAAAGGUCGAGGAAUUGGUUUCGGCAAAGGUGUUGCCUGGCUCAAUGACACUCUCAACAGUGUUGCCAUUCUUGCCAACGUCUAUUCGACAAGUUACGUUUGGAGUUCUUCGAAAAUCUAUGUCUACGACAGUCCAUUGACGAGUGCUUCAAAGCCAAUCUCAAUCUUUCCCAACAAUGAACAGCCGCUUUACAGUUACAUGUCUUCUGUUUUUCUCAAUAUCAUCACAACUCCAACAGAACUAGUUCUUCUUGCUGCCGAAGGCGGUCUCUUCGUCAUUCUCUCAGCUCAUAGUGGUAAUUAUUCCUCAACAAUUGGACCAAUUGUUGAAGCUGUACCGGCAUUCUCCUCGUCACUACCAUGUAUGCCCGGUACAUAUAAGAAUGUAACAGGUAUUCGUCGUUGUUUACUCUGUCCAAUAGGAACAAAAAACGAUGGAACCAACCUUACGAUAACAACCUGUAUCAAUUGUGCAAUGAACACAUUCUGUCCGCUUGGUUCUGUAAGUGAUUCUAUCUCGAAUGAUCAGCUCACUAACGUCAGUCAAGCAGUUGCCUAUCCAAAAUCCCCAGAUAUCACCGGACUUGAUGAUAUUCUGUUUUUCACACUAUUUUCAAUUGGUUCAUCUGCACGCUGUGUUGCUCUUUCACCAAUCUUUUGGACCGUGAUCGUUGCUGCUAUUAUAAUUCUCAUUGUAAGUGUAAUGCUUGUAAUUAAAUACUGUGUUAAAAACUCAACAGCUGUAAAUAGUUAUACACUAUUUGAGAAAAUAUUUAAACGAACAGAUAUUAUUCGUGAAGGUAACAUGUGGGUCGGUGGCCUUGCUACGUUUUGUGUUAUCGUGCUCUGUGUUUCUUGCUGUGUAUUUAGUGCUAAGUAUUAUAGUUCAUAUCCGAUUGAAACAGCUGGACCUUCAACAUAUACAUGUGAUACAAGUAUACGUAAUGCACAGUUUUCUUCAUCUUUACGAUCUUUAUCGGUACCAGACACAGAAAAUAUUCAAGGCAUGAUGGGCUUGUUAAACGAUCAAGAAGUCAAUCUGAACGUCUCUUUUCUUAAUACAGUUUACAAUUGCACAUCAGAUGCAGUAACAUUGACCUAUCUCUUAGGUACAACGUGGAUUCCAGUAUCGCCGGAUCCCUUCUGUGUUUCAUCGAGCUACACAGUUUCUUAUAAUGCUCGAUUGCCGUUUAGAUCAAUUACUGUACAACUUACUUUACCAAACACAUAUCCAAUUGGUGGACUUCGUAUAGGUCUGAGUGCUCCCGGUAAAAACAAAUCUUCUACAGCAACGCUCCAAGAUUUAAGUUUUUCACAAACAUUCAACCAAAGUGGACGUCUGCUUGGACAAGACGCCCGUAUCACCCUUCAAGUGACAAAAGUAAUCAAUACUACAAAUCCACUUGUAAACGGUGAUGAUGAGGUACUGAGUGGUAUUUGGAUUGGUUCAUUUUCGGUGAACUACGACGAAUCAUUCAUGACAGACACUGAUUAUUUGAAUGCACCACCUAAGACGUCAACAAUUUUGACACUGACAAUCAGUGAAACACCCUAUUAUAUACUAAAUGAGCAAUCACCAAUUGCUAGAUUACCUGAAAUAAUUUAUCAUGAUUUCCUUUAUAUAACAAUGAUUAUUGGAAUGUUUGUACUUUUAUUUGUUAUAGUUGAGGUAAUGAUUUUACCAUGUGUAGAUUCGUUAAUUCGUAAGUGUUCGCGAAACACUGAUGAUAAAUAUCGAACAGAUAGUAGCCGUCAAUCUAUUUCUGAUCACGAUAAUGCAGAAAAUUCGAUUCAUCACUCAAAUAGACAACAAUCUAGUAAACAAAACCACAAUUCUGUUAUGAUUAAUAAUGUUACUUCCCCUCAAAGACAGAAGUACACUUUAAAUCAAUAUGAUAAUCGUACUGAAGAUGACAGUCAGCAGUUGCCGGCGAUGUGGAAUCGUCAAGCGUACCUUUGACAGUUUUCGAGCUAGGACUGAUGACAAUAGAAUAAUGAAAGAACUUGUCACAGAAUAAGAAGCCCGUAGUGUGUUAUACAUAGAGACGCUACAUUAUCAUUACUUUUUAUUAGUGUUGCUCGAUAAUUCAUAAAAAACUAUUACUACUUAUAUCACUUAAUCUUUUUUUAAUCAUCAUUGCUUUCUUUUUAUUGUUUUAAUGUUCAUGGGAGUUUUACUGUUCUUUAUUAACAAAAUGUGAAGUAGUUUUCUAUUACUUUAUUAGUAAAUACUUUUAUUAUUUUAAAAUUUUUAGCACUUAAUAUGUUGUAACAAAAAGUAAUCAAGAAUUUAUAAGGUAACGAGUAAUAAAUUAUUACUGUAAUAAACCAAUAAUAAAACAAUCUAUAUAUAUAAUGUUCAGUGUUUGUCUGUCGGUGUGUCGGUGUCGGGUCAAAGGUUAAAGGUCAAAUAAGGCUAUAAGGAGAAGACCCAAGGGUGGUUAUAAUGGAGAUCCAUAGGCUCUCAAGGACUAUUAUAUAGGGGUACUCACAUGUCCUCAAGGGCUAUUAUAUGGGACUACCCAUAAGUCCUCAGCAGCUAUUAUACGGGGGUACCUAUAAAUCCUCAAGGGCUAUUAUAUGGUAUAUCUAUAGGACAUGAAGAGCUACAGUAUGAGGGUAGCCAUAGGUUCUCAAGGGACUAAGGCAAUAAGUUGUAAGGCAAUAAGACGAUAAGGCUACAAUAGCUACAAGAGAUACAAGGCUAUAAGGUCGAAGGCUGCAUGGACUAUAAAAAUAUGUGCCAUAUAAGAGCAUGAGGCCGUAGGGCUAUCUAUCUAUAUACAUAAUAUCGAGUGUCUGUAUGUCUGUUCCCGAAUGAAAAGUUAACCAUCUUAGGUCAUACGUUAAAGGAGAAAACAGCCGUGCAGUAUGCAUGGGCUCUCCCUAGUUGUGAGAAUAAUUGAUUGUGAACAUUUCAAUUUUUUCAUGGUUCCUAUCGUAAGACACGGUUACGGUAAAAGUAAGCCGUUUACAUUGUUCAUAUACACGGCAGAUUCAAUAUUUUUACUUCAGGACAGGAACAAAUCAGAUGACUCGAAAUUUUCAUAAUGAACUGUUCUCAUUAAAGUCCAUCUCUGUGCAAAGUUUCAAAUGGAAAUUCGAACAUCAUUUUCGCUAUUGCUCUUGAGGGAACCAUCUCAUCGAGUUAACAAAUACCGUAGAAAUAGGCUCAAGGUCUGAAUUCUUUUCAGAAUAUUCUUAAAUCACUGAAGCCUACAUGAUGCACAUAAUCUCGACUUAAAAGCGUUUAAUCAGUGGGGAAAUUUCACCUUUGAGAUACAAUACACUGAUUAAAGGUUCAAAUUCGUAUUAUUCAUAGAAAAUACAGAAACAGCUUCAGGACCUUUCCUGAUAUUGUUGUGCCUCAACCAAAAGGAGUUGUAAAUUUAUUUGAAGACGUCAUAUUUGCUACAUUAUUAUUUUUCGCUAUCAUUUUCAAAAAGUCUAAGCAAAAUUGUAUUCACGCGUUCUAGCUUUUUUAAAAUACCUAAGAAUUCAAUUUUCUACACAUCUCAUUUUUGAGAAUCUAGUAAUUAUUGUUAUUUCAUUCUAUACUUUUCUCUACUCAUAUUACUAUUUGGAUAUCUUAACAUUGAAGGCAGUAAAAAAACAUUUGAAAAAUCUAGAUAUCUACUGUACAUAAAAAAAUUCAUCGUUCAAUUCUGUCGUUCGGUAUGUAUGAUCAAUCUCCUAUAUCCAUUAUGUAAAAUGCAUAUAUAACUUACCUAGGCAAAUAAAAUAUGAUGCCAUGCAAAAUUAUAUGUGUCAAAGGCGUUAAAAAGACGUUUCUUUCUUUGAAUUAAUAGCAGAUGCACUUCUCAUCAGUGACAUCUGUAUCUAUUUGGAGCCUAUGAAUAAAUUCACAAGAUUUUCAUGUAAUAUACUCUAGAACUGAAAAAAGAACAUUUUUAUAAUAUACCUAUUAGGAACAACUCUCAUUUUAUUAAUAGAGCAUUAAGAAAGAGGUUGUUUCUGCAGAGACGAACAUGUGAACAAAUGACUUUUUAAGAAUGGUUGCCACUACUAUGGCGAAAAUGAAAGAGGGCUGUGCAAGCAAAACGUUUUCGAUCUAAAAAUCAAGGUCAGAGAAAACGCCCCCCCCUGAGAUGCCUCGAUGUAUGGCAAGCUCGAUACCGGAAGAAAACAAUA